AUGGAUUUAAAAGAAAUAUUCACAGUUUAUAUAAAAAUUCGUAGUCAACUAGGAGAUUGUAUAAUGCGAACAUCAUAUGUUGGAAUGGAAUGUAAUGAAUUCACUACUUGUGAUUUGAAUGAACAAUCAUUACGAAUAUCAUAUGAAAGUCGAAUCGAAUCGACUUCUAUAACAACAACAGCAUCAACUUCUCUUAUUCCUCUGACUGAAUCAUCCCGUUUAUAUCAUAAUAAUACUAAAUGUCAUCAUACACUGUCAUGUAUUCUUAUAUUAGUCGUUGUCUUUAUUGUUAUUCUUGUAUUAAUUAUAUUUUGCGUGAAACAAAUACGAUCAAAAGCAAAUAGUAAAAAUCGACCAUUUUUUUGUUCAAUAAAUUCUUUUACAUCGUUAUCAUCAUCCAUAAAAUAUGAUGAAGCACCAAUAUUAACAUUAGUUGAUAUGCAAAAACAACAAACAUUAUUAACAUGA